AUGCGCCAUUUGAUUUCAAUUAAAGAUUUAACUGAUAAAGAAUUCGAAACUCUAGUCGAUAGAGCUGAGCAUUACAAGAAGAUCUUCAAGGCUGGAGAUGCUAGUGAGAUUCAAAAAAAUCACUUGAAACUCUUGGGUAAAACUGUUGCGUUGAUCUUUUCAAAAAGAUCAACCAGAACCAGAAUCUCCACCGAAGGUGCUGUUGCAUUCUUCGGUGCUCAGCCUAUGUUUUUGGGUAAGGACGACAUCCAACUAGGUGUUAACGAAUCUUUUUACGACACAACAAAAGUGGUUUCCUCCAUGGUGUCCUGCAUUUUCGCCCGUGUUAACAGGCACUCGGAGAUUCAGGACUUAGCAGCUCAUUCCAGCGUGCCCAUCAUAAAUGCGCUCUGUGACAUGUACCAUCCAUUGCAAGCUAUUUGUGAUUUGUUGACUAUCAAAGAAAAGCUAGAUUACACGGAAAAUAAGCUUAAGCUCGCCUGGGUGGGUGAUGCGAACAACGUGAUGAAUGAUACCGCCAUUGCAUGCUUAAAACUUGGGAUUGACGUUGCCAUUGCAACUCCUCCCGGAAUUGAGGCAGAUGCAUCAAUUGUGGAUGCUGCCUUGGCGAUAACUGAAAGAAAUGGCACCAAGAUAACACUUACGCAUGAUUCAGUGGAAGCAGUGACUGACGCGGACAUCAUAGUUACGGACACCUUUGUAUCUAUGGGUGAAGAGUUCGCAAAAGUUGCUAAACUUAAACAAUUUGAGGGAUUCCAGGUCAACUCUGAGCUGUGCUCACAUGCCAAACCCAAUUUCAAGUUUAUGCACUGUCUGCCAAGGCACACAGGGGAUGUAUCAGAUGAAGUUUUCUACGGAGAACAUUCAAUCGUGUUUGAAGAAGCAGAAAACAGGCUUUAUGCUGCCAUGGCCGCUGUCGACGUCUUUGUAAUCAACAAAGGUGAUUUCGAGGCCAUACCUUGA